ACCAGCUCCGAGCGCUGCCACUUGCGCUCCUGCACUGAGUCACCUAAAUUACAGAUUCGCUUGGAUGUGAUUUGGGAAAAAAAAAAAAGAUAGGGGAAAAAAAAAACAACCCAACAAAAAAAAAACCAACCCAGCCCUCUUCUUCUUCCUCCUCCUUUUCCUCCUCCCCCGGGAAGGGGCAACAGCAGCAUAAAUAGCGGCCGGCGCAGCACGGGUGCAGAUGCACAGCGAGCAGCAGGGCGUCCGGCUUCCCCUGGCCCGGCUGCAGCCCCCCUCCGCCAUGGCAGAGCCUUCGCUGCCCCUCUCCUUCCUCUGCCUCCUCGCCUUGUCCUCCGCCUGCUACAUCCAGAACUGUCCCCGGGGCGGCAAGCGGGCCCUGGGCGACACAGCCCUCCGGCAGUGCAUGCCCUGCGGCCCCGGGAACAGAGGCAACUGCUUCGGCCCCGGCAUCUGCUGCGGCGCAGAGCUGGGCUGUUACCUGGGCACGGCGGAGACGCGGCGCUGCGCCGAGGAAGACUACCUGCCUUCACCGUGCCAGGCCGGCGGGCAGCCCUGUGGCUCCGGAGGCCGCUGCGCCGCGCCCGGCAUCUGCUGCACCGCCGAAACCUGUGCGAUGGACGCUGGCUGCCUGGACGAAGGCGGCGAUGGGGCUCAGGAGGCGGCGGAGAAGAACCUGACAGUGCUGGACGGCUCGGCCGGAGAUCUGCUCCUCAAGCUGAUGCACUUGGCGAACCGGCAGCAGCAGCAGCAGGGCAAGCACCCCCUCCUCUGAGCCAGGGCGUCGGGCGUCCCCCCCACCGUCACCGAUCCCCCCAUCCCAGCUUUGUAAAUAGGAGACUCAAUAA